GCCGUAAGGGGGAGGGGGGACCGAGGGAGAGGUGGAGGGAAGCGAGGAGUACAAUUUGAGUCGAUCAAGUUCUCCUUGGGUCUUUCCAUGCAACUUUUCCGAGGGUGGUUAUUUUUCGCCGCGUUUCUUUUAAGAACGCCUUCCUUUCGGGCUCUUCCGCGCCCCGUAGACUCUCCCCACCCCGCCGCCUCUUCUCCUCUGUUCAGAAUGAUCACAGCUACUUCGAAAUAACAUUAAGUCCGUGCACAACAUUUGGCAGCGUGUGUGAUCGUUGAGGGUGGGGAGAAAGAAAUGGUCUCCCUUUCCAAACCGACCGACCAACCAAAAACCUUAAAGGGGAAUAAAAACCCUUUAUGAACCUAGCAAACUUUAAAAAAAGAAAGAAAAAGAUUCAACAAAACUUCCCACCGGCGCUUUUUCAGGUGAAAUUGACUAAACAGAAGACUAGCCUUUUUCUUUUUUACAAACAAACCUAAGAAAUUGACUGAGUAGAAGACAGCGCGGGAGGCAGUCUUCCUUUUUUGAAAAACCUGAGCCAGAGGAAAGCGGGAGGGUGGAGAGAGACAGUCAGGCCGGCUGCCUGAGCGUAGAUCCCUCGGCGAUUGCACUCUCCCAGGCUGCAGACUGCAGAGAUCGAAAGAGAAAGAGAGCGAUGCUGCGUUGUCUUUUCGGAUAGGUGAUCAGAAAAAAAAAGGAAGGCAGGAAUAAUCUGCCGAGGGGAGGAAGACUCCGUUGCCGUUUCUCGAGCCUCCAGAUCUCUCCCCCUCCACCCCCACUCUCUCUCUGUUUUGGAGAGACGGUUAUUUAAGCAACACCUUUCCCUGCACAUAGGCAGACACUUUCCACAUCUCUCUCUCCCUGUCUUCCCAGACCUUCGGAAGAGUCACUUUGACGAACUUUAACAAGAAGUUGUGUGGCAUUUUUUUUUUACGCAUUCGCCCCCCCCCCUCCGAGUCUCUUCUUUUUUUUUUUUUUUUUUUGCACGGGGGAGAGAGGCCAGGAACCAAUUUGCAAAAAUCACCACUGCCGCCACCACAUCUCGUAAUCGCGAGGAGAGGCCAGCAUGGAAGUAACCACGGAUCAACCUCGGUGGGUCAGCCACCACCACCCGGCAGUUCUCAAUGGGCAGCACCCGGAUUCGCACCACCCCGGACUGGGCCAUUCCUACAUGGACCCCACUCAGUAUCCUCUGGCCGAGGAAGUGGAUGUACUUUUUAAUAUCGACGGGCAGGGCAACCACGUCCCCUCUUAUUACAGCAACUCUGUGCGGGCGACGGUGCAACGGUACCCCCCAGCCCAUCACGCAGGUGGUCAAGUGUGCCGCCCACCACUGCUGCAUGGUUCUCUCCCUUGGCUGGAUGGGAGCAAAGCUUUGGGAAGCCACCACAGCACCUCCCCUUGGAACCUCAGCCCUUUCUCCAAGACCUCCAUCCACCAUAGCUCGCCUGGACCUCUCUCUGUCUACCCUCCAGCGUCCUCCUCCACUUUGUCUGCAGGUCACUCCAGCCCUCACCUGUUCACCUUCCCACCGACCCCUCCCAAAGAUGUCUCCCCGGAUCCCUCCAUUUCCACCCCAGGCUCCACUGGUUCCAGCAGGCAAGAGGAGAAAGAGUGCAUUAAGUACCAGGUGUCUUUGGCUGACACCAUGAAGCUGGAGUCCUCUCAUUCCAGGAGCAGCAUGGCCUCAUUAGGAGGGGCCUCUUCCUCCGCUCACCAUGCCAUCACCACUUACCCUUCCUAUGUCCCUGAAUAUGGCUCUGGACUUUUCCCCCCUAGCAGCCUGCUAGGGGGGUCGCCGACUGGUUUCGGGUGCAAAUCCAGACCAAAAGCACGUUCCAGUACAGAAGGCAGGGAGUGUGUAAACUGUGGCGCUACCUCGACCCCACUAUGGAGGAGAGAUGGCACGGGGCAUUAUCUGUGUAACGCCUGUGGACUAUAUCAUAAAAUGAAUGGGCAGAACCGCCCCUUGAUAAAGCCGAAGAGAAGGCUGUCAGCUGCAAGAAGGGCAGGAACAUCGUGUGCAAACUGCCAGACCACCACCACCACCCUGUGGAGGAGGAACGCCAACGGUGAUCCAGUGUGCAAUGCCUGUGGGCUAUAUUACAAGCUCCACAAUAUUAACAGACCCCUGACUAUGAAGAAGGAAGGCAUCCAGACCCGAAACCGCAAAAUGUCUAGCAAGUCAAAAAAGUGCAAAAAGGUCCAUGACACCUUGGACGAUUUCCCUAAGAGCAGCUCCUUCAACACUGCCGCCCUCUCGAGACACAUGUCCUCCAUCAGCCACAUCUCGCCCUUCAGCCACUCGGGUCACAUGCUCACCACGCCAACUCCAAUGCACCCGCCUUCCAGCCUCUCCUUUGGACCUCACCACCCCUCCAGUAUGGUCACCGCCAUGGGCUAGGGGCACGCCCGACGGAGAGAGAGACUUAAAUCCCUGCUACCGUGCUUUUUUUUUAUUUUUACGUUCUCAAAAUGAGAGGGAGGUUUCUAAUCCUUGCCUUGUUAAGAGGUGAGAGAGAUUUUACCCAUUUGAAGCCCUGGGACACAAAUGGACAAAGAAACAGAAAGAAAGGCAAAGGAGAUUUUUAAAAGCUGGUUGAAGGCAUCAACGAGCAAACCAAAACAAAUGUCGUGGAAAGGUGAACUCUCGGCUGCCUUCUUGCGUGUCUUGUGGGUUCCCAACCACCAAAAUCGGGGGCCCGUUUGUGAAUAAACAAUCCUGAUGCAAGUUCGCUCUUGGACUGGGUUUCUGGUGCUGUGAAGAAGGAAGAGCACGCCACCCUCCCGUCCCCAUUUCCCUCCAAAGACAAGCUGAUUAAUGCUGAACACUGUAUAACUUAUAUUGUAAGAAAUACUGUACAUUUUUUUGAAGCAGACUGACAUCUGGUUAGCUGUAAAAAAAAAAAAAAGGAAAGAAAAAAAUUGCUUGGACUUGUUGGUUAAGGCACUGCAAAUGAAAUACUGAGAUGAAUGUUUCCUGGUACAGACCGAGAAAAGCAAGGUCAGGCCAGCAAAUGGACAAUCUGCCAGUUGUGUUUUUUGCUGUCUUUCUCUCUCUCUCUCUUUCUUUCUUCACUCACUGGCUCAAGUUGUUUUGACGCAUUUAAAAAAUAAAUUAAUCCAAGUUGUAGGCAAAUCAUCCAUUCCAGGCUGUGGGCCUCUGAACAAGAGGGGAGUUCUGAAGGGUUUCAGGGCAGUCAGUGUGACAUUCAGCUUGUUGCUGCGGCGAGUUUGUCCGAGCCUAUACCCAUUGUGUACAAGUUCCUGUAAUUGUUGUUUGUAUGUAUAAUUCAAAGCACCAGAAUAAAACAAGAUGUAGAUUUAUUUCAUCCUAUGAUACAGACUGAAUGGUUGUACAAAUUUUACUUACUGCUAGUGUUAAGAACUGCGCUUUUGAUUUUGUUUUCAUAUUUCCCUCCUCUUUUUUUGGAAGAAUAAACUAGAUUAAAUUCUGUUGA